CCUAACAACUAUACAUUUAUACUACCUUGACCCAAUUUAUUCAACAUACGAAUCCCCUUCUCUGCAAAUAUAUUCUCAAAAAAAGAAAAAAGAAAAAAGAAAAAAAAGUAGUAGUUUAGUGAUGGAACAAGAGACAAUGGGAGACCAAAACACCAUGGUGAAUGAUGCUGGCAAUAAUAAUGGACUAGUAUGUGUUAAAGAAGAACCAGUGUUAUUUGUUGAUGAAGAUGACACUAUUUCAGUGCCAAAACCAUUAGAGGGGUUACGUGAUGUGGGUCCACCACCAUUCUUGAAGAAGACAUUUGAAAUGGUGGAUGAUCCUAAUACUGACUCUAUAAUCUCAUGGAGUAAUACUGAAGCUAGUUUUGUUGUUUGGGAUCCUCAUCAGUUCUCUAUUCAUCUCCUACCUAAACACUUUAAGCAUAAUAACUUUUCUAGCUUCAUCCGCCAGCUUAAUACCUAUCGUUUCAGGAAAAUUGAUUCAGACAGAUGGGAAUUUGCAAAUGAGGGGUUUCAGAAAGGGAAGAAACAUUUGCUGAUAAAUAUCAAGAGGAGAAAGCAGUAUCCUCAGCAAGGUGUAUCGACAGCAAAAUCUUGGCUAACUUCUUGCAAGGAUAAUGAAACUGAGACAGAAUUAGAAAAGCUGAAAAAGGAUCAAAACACAUUGCAGAUGGAAAUCACAAGACUAAAACAACAACAAGAGAACACAGACAACUAUUUAGCUACUGUGAAAGAGAGGUUAAUGAAUACUGAGACUAGGCAAAAAUAUAUGGUUAUCUUUAUGGCAAAAGCAUUCAAGAAUCCUCUCUUUGUUCAACACCUUAUGGAGAAGAUUAAACAGAGAAGGACUUUAGAGAAUGGCGGUAGCGUCGCGAAAAAGAGGAGGUUGGCUUGUGGAACCAUAGAGGAAGGUGAUGAAAAUAGUCUUCAAGAGGAAUUCACAACAAUUAAGUCUGAAAUACACACUCUGUUUUCAUCUGAAGAUUCAAACAGUCCAGGACUUGAGGAACAAAAAACUAAGGGGAAUGGUAGCCCAGAUAUGGUAUCUGAGAACUAUAUAUUGUGGGAAAAGCUGAUGGAAGAUGAUAUGAUAUAUGAGAAUAAUGGAGGAGAAACAGAUAAAUAUCAAAGUGAGAUUGUUCUUGAACUUGAGGAUUUGAUCGCGAAGCCGCCAGAGUGGAAGUGUAUGUGCUAGGCUUAGCUCUGAACUAUAAAUUCAUUACUUAUACGUUUUCAUCAUGCAGAUAAGGGAAUUGAAGCAGCUUUGUUCAAGAGCCGAAAUCAAGAAACGGGGAUGGUGUUUUCGGUUAUCUCUGUUUAUUGUGGUGGUCUAUAUGAUCAGUUAGUGACUAACAAUGUAUAAAGUUCUUCUACAGAAGGAACAUACUAUAUUACAUGAAGUUCGUCUUCGUUGUUCUUAGCUAGGUUGUAGUUUGGUAGGUGCACAGGAGAAUGUAGAACCCAUAGGUUCUUAUAUUACUGCUCUUUUCUUAUGCUUUAGUGUUAAUACAGUUACUCAGCUUUGAUGUUUCAAAUGGUUGCUUAAUCCGGAUGUA